UUUGUGCCAUAUUGGAAUGAGGUCGAGAACGACUAGGCGGAAAAAGACACGGCAUCUAAAACCGACUUGAAAAACUCCUCAUUGAAGCUGUUCGGUUGUGCUCCAGGGGGUUUAGACAUGAGCCUUGAGGCGCUGGAAUCUGAUGCAGACUCUGGUCAGGAUGCAUUGGAGUUUAACUGGGAUGACCACCUGGAAGAAACGGGGGCACUUUCUGUUCCUCAUCAUGUGUUUAAACAUGUGGACCAGGGUCUGCAGACGGGUCUGGCUCCUGGUAUGAAGCUAGAGGUGUGUGUGCGUACAGAAUCAGAAGCCACUUAUUGGGUGGCCACAAUAAUUACCACAUGUGGACAGUUACUGUUGCUGCGAUACGAGGGGCACCAAGAUGACCGGCGUGCCGACUUUUGGUGUGACAUCAUGACCGCCGACCUGCACCCGAUUGGAUGGAGCAGACAGCAGGGUCGACCAAUAAGACCUCCUGUGGGUGUGCGUGAGAAGCAUCAGGACUGGGAAACUCUGCUGGAGAAAGCUCUGAAUGAAAGCUGCAGUGUACCUGCUAAUCUACUGGAAGGGGCCCAGCGUGGCUGUAAUCCUAUAGAUCUCUUAAGUCCGGGUCUCAGUGUUGAGCUGGUGGACCGUCAGGAUGCCGGGGUGGUCUGGUCUGCAGUGAUUGAGGAUAAUAUAGGGGGUCGCUUACGACUUCGAUAUGCCGGCACAGAGGGGCUUCCUGACACCCAUUCCAUCACAUGGGUCUUUUACCUGGACCCCCUGCUUCAUCUGCCUGGCUGGGCACAGGAACACAACUGCACUCUUAGACCUCCAGCAGCUCUGCUCCCUCUACGCACUGAAGCAGAAUGGGAGGAGGUGAAGAAGACCAUCUCCUCUCAGGAACAGGACUCCAGCAUCAGUGAUGAGUUUUACAAGGACAGACCGGCCAUUACUCCACACUGUUUUAUUGAAGCAAUGAAGCUAGAAGCUGUGGACCCAGCAGCUCCUUUCACCAUCAGCCCGGCCACUGUGACAAAGGUGUUUAAUGAUCAGUUCUUUCUGGUGCUGAUGGAUGACAUGAGAGAAGAGGCACAGAAAGACGGGGGUGGACAUGCUUUUCUCUGUCAUAGAUACAGUCCUGGAAUCUUCCCAACACAGUGGUGUCUAAAAAACGUAGUAAAGCUCAGCCCUCCUCCAGGGUUCCAAGGUCAGGAUUUUGACUGGGCAGACUAUCUUAAGCAGUGUGAGGCUGAAGCUGCCCCCCAGCACUGUUUCCCACCUGACCCGUCUGAUCAGUGCAUUAAAGAGUCUAUGAUGCUGGAGGCCGUCAACCCCCUGUGCCCUGAAAACAUUCACGUAGCAACUGUUACCAAGGUCAAAGGUCAACACGUGUGGCUACGUUUAGAAGGUUCAAAGCAGCCCAUCCCAGAGAUCAUAGUUCACACAGACUCUAUGGAUGUUUUCCCAGUGAGCUGGAGUGAAACAAAUGGCUACCCUCUUCAGUACCCCAGCAAGCCCAGAGUGGAGAAACAGAGAAAGGUGGCAGUCGUACAGCCAGAGAAACAUCGAGUCCCGUCUAAAGACUCCUCACCUGAUACAGCCAAACAACAGCUGAACAACAGUCAGGCUGAGAUAGCUGGCCAGACAAAUGGCAAAUACUGCUGCCCUAAGAUCUAUUUUAACCAUCGCUGCUUCUCAGGGCCUUACCUCAAUAAGGGCCGUAUUGCAGAGUUACCCCAGUGUGUGGGACCCGGGAACUGUGUUCUGGUACUGAAAGAGGUGCUGACGCUGCUCAUAAAUUCUGCCUAUAAGCCCAGUCGAGUGUUGAGAGAACUGCAGCUGGACCAGGAGGGCCGUUGGCAGGGUCACGGAGAGACACUUAAAGCCAAGUAUAAAGGAAAAAGCUACAGGGCGACAGUAGCGAUCGUUCGCACAGCAGACCAGGUGGCUGACUUUUGUCGGAAGACCUGCAUUAAACUAGAGUGCUGUCCCAACCUGUUCGGUCCACGUAUGGUUCUGGACCGCUGCUCGGAAAACUGCUCGGUGCUCACCAAAACUAAAUACACGUACUACUAUGGGAAGAAGAAGAGCAGGCGUGUGGGCCGACCUCCUGGAGGACACUCGAACCUGGAAGGGGGUGUAAAGAGACGAGGCAGGAGGAGGAAGAGAAGGAAGCAGCUUUUCGUCCACAAAAAGAGACGUUCUUCUGCCUCAGUCGACAAUACUCCUGUAGGCUCCCCUCAGGGCAGUGGUGAUGAGGAAGACCUGGAUGACGAUGACUCUCUGAGUGAAGACACAGGCUCUGAGAUGCAGGACGAGCUGAUGGAUGAUUCUGAAUACUCAGAGAAGAAGUCACAGCCCCCCACCCCAUCCCCCUCUCCUCCCGAAACCCCUCGUCCUUCACGUAGACGUCGCAAGGCUCGCUCGCCUUCCUGCUCAGAUGAUGAAAACAGGCCUCCUUCACCCAAGAGUCCGCGUGUUGAAGUUCCUCAGAAGCUUUGCUUAGACAGCAGUCCGCUGGAGUGGAGCGUCACUGACGUCGUAAGCUUUAUCAGGACCACCGAUUGUGCUCCGCUGGCGCGCAUCUUCGUGGAUCAAGAGAUUGACGGUCAGGCCCUGCUUCUGUUAAAUCUUCCCACCGUGCAAGAGUGUAUGGACCUGAAGCUCGGCCCUGCCAUUAAGCUGUGCCAUCACAUUGAAAGGGUCAAGCUGGCAUUUUAUCAACAGUUUGCAAGCUGAGGGUGACAUUCGGUAGAGAGGGGUAGAGCUAUGACAUUAUGGCAUUUUGGGGUGGUUUCCUGGUGUGUGUGAUCUUCCUUUACCUCUAUGGACCAUAGAACCUUUAAAAACUCACUUAGCGCUUUAGAAGCCUCCUUUACCAUUAGUUUGUUUACACAGCAGGCACAGUUGAGAUUAACUACUGGAGGCGCAUUUUUAACAGGGUGAUUCUGGUACUUUUACAGCUGGGCUGUCCAUCUCAACGUAAGCCUUGUUCUGGACUACUUCGUUUAAUCGUGUGAUCUUUCUUUUAGAGAUUAGUUCAGCUCAGGUUAUGUUAAACCUGAGUCCAAAGAACUAGUCCAUUCAGUCUCUGCAAGAAUAAGCAAAGCUCUUUACUUGUUUUUGAAAUGUUUCUUAACUGUAGAGCGGAUGACAAUGCAAUUACCUUAAGCACAAAAUAACAAUUGCCCAUGUACUGUAAGUGGUAUGUAAACGUGUACAUACAGGAGUGUGAAUGUAAAUAGUGUAAAUAACCAGAUGUUAAUUUUAGUGGGACUAUUGUCCCAUUUCGCUUUGGUUUUCUAUAAAAGCUUGGGAAUUACACUGUAACACAAUAGUUCUUAGGAAAAGGCAUUUAUGCCUGAUUCUGUAAUUGUGAUUGAUGUAAAUACUAAUAAACAUUUGCUUAUCCUAAUAAAUUGUUAGUAAAUAAAAAGUGCAGAGUUAUGGUUAAGAUAUAAGCACACAAAGAUUUCAGGUUAUGUCACUGACUGUGAUAUGGACAAUAUAGUGGCAAAUCCAGGGUCUAUCAACACCAAAUUGAAGAGUCUUGGCACUCUUUUAAACAUGUCUGCUGUAAUAUUUGUAACAUCAUAUAGAUAACAUGUGUUUAAUGCAUUAAAUAAAAACAUGUGUUUUGAUGCCUAAAAUAUCACCUGGUUUUGGCUUGCAUUGCAAAGCUAUGGCUCAAGAGGUGUCAUUUAUAGACAACAGUCUCAAUUUUCUUGAUUUAACAUUCAUUUCUCUUGCUCCCCCUUCUGUAAGCAUUUGCGCUUACAGUUGUUUUGUUCAUUUCAUAAUGAAUUGCCCAUUCGUUAAAAAAAGCUGUUGAUUUAAAAUAUGUUUACUUUGAAUUACAUGAUGGUGGAAAGUGUUAUUUAAAAGAUAAUAAAUUGAAUGG